AUGGAAAGGAAUGAAGCAUCAGAGGGUGAAAUUUCUGUACCAAAAGUGCAAGAAGUUGAUCUUGGUGACGCAGCCGAUUUAAUGGACACAGAUGAGGGGGCACCAAAGCAGGUGGACGAUGAACAGACACAGGGUGUGCCCCAUCUUUCGGGUAAAGAUGUUGACCUCCCUUCCGCAUCCCAUUCUGAGUCUGCACAAGCCAAGGGUGCAGGUUCCAAACCUACCCAGCCCCUCGCAAGAUGUGGCAGCCACCAGCGGUCAGCACAACGCGCUCAGGAAGACAACCCAGAGGGAAUGGUCACUACGAUGGAGCGCCAGCCAGAGCAAGAGGUGGAGUCUCAGCCGACCUCUAGAUCACAGUCACAAAGCCCACCCAAGAAGAUUUUGAAGACACACCAGAGACAGUCACCAGUGUCCUCUCGAACAGAAGCCUCUCCUGUCUUGGUUCAGGCUUCAGAUGCAGAUGACGAAUCGAAUGGCGGAGUCCCCAAAGGCAAUGAAUCUUCAUGUCCUGUGAAGUUCAAGUGCGACCCCAAACUUGCCCUCAUACUGCGUUUGUUGCGGAUGGUGAAGGAGGGGCAGUACCUGGCUGCCAUGGACAAGAUUUCUGAGAUUGAUGGGAAACUGUUUGAGAAUCAUCCGGACAUCCUGUUUGAGCUGUGGCGCUUUGAGGUGCUGAGGAUAGCAGGCACCGGGGCUCACGAUGCAGCACUUGAGAUCGUGCGAAAGAAGUUGACGCCUCUGCUGCGCAAAGGGUGCCAAGCAGAUCUCUUUCCAAUGUUGCAGGACACUCUGAAAUCGAUAAUGUCUUCAAAUCACGAGCUUCCAUCAACUGCAAGGCUGUGCUCAUUGCUGCAGACUGCACUUCAAGAGUCUCUUGGUUUGCCAGGACCAGCACUAGCUCGUCUCUUGAAGGCCCUCCUGCUGGCGCACUUGCGCUGGUUCAGAAAGCAGCGCUGCCAGGACGUGUUCCAGAAGCUUCUCGCCAUCGACGUCCUGCGGCAGUGCGAGAGCACACCAGUGCCUGCACCCUGCGGCACUGCCACCCUUCUGUCCCAGGAAGAUGGUGGGGCUGCGAGGCCAGAGGUGGAGGAAGGCCGGACUGAAGGUUCCCAUGAUGAGCCCCCACCUUUGGAAGCUGAGAUAGAAGACAGCUUGGGGAGUGACUGGGGUGGCGAGGACAGCGACAUGGACAGCAUGGAUGAAGACGGAAUCGUUCAGGUGAUGGAGGUCUUGGCACUGCCGCGGACAGCGGCUAUUGACCUGCUAAUGCAGCAUGAUGGAAACGCUGAAGCGGCCAUCUUGAAUGUCCUGAAUGACUGA